AAUCCAAAUACAAAUCUCUGGCAACUCUGGAUUUGAAUUAUAUACAAAUGUAUUUUUUUUUUUAACAACGCAUAACUGAUAAAAAGGAUAAAAAAAAAACUGCGUUCAUAUUGCAACAACAGCAGCAGCCACACCACAGUGAUAAACAGACACACACUUGGAUUAGUGUUUUGUUUACUGUGCCUGUGUGUGUGUGUAUGUGUGUGUGUUUGUGUGUGUAUCCGUCGUAUAUGUGAUUUGUGCUAUUUCGCGCGCGUGUAUGUACAUAUGUGUGUCUGUGGGUUUCUGAAACAACAGCAACAAAUAGAUGAAAGAACCCAAUUGAAACAGCUAACUAGCUAAACUUAAAUUAAAAGCCAGCCAAAAUGCCGAAAAUCUUUUUGAUCAAGAAUCGGCUGCAUCAGCAGCAGCAACGUUUGCUCGAGUCACAGAAUCUGCUGCAGCACAAGGCGCAGGACGAUGAACGGUGCUUGGUGCCGCCGCUUAGUCCCAAUCGGGAUAAUGCGCCAUCACCAUCACCAUCACCACCAAUACAAAUACCAACAACACCCACACCAACAACACCAACGCCUGCAUCGCCACAACAACCGGAGCCGCAGGGUCAAGUUCAAGGCGAUGAUCAGCCCCUAAGUUUAACAGCGGCGCCAUCGUCGGCGCGCAAACGUUUUCAUCAUCGGCGACAUUAUUUUGGCCAAACGCGUCACAGUCUCGAGUUGGCGCAGGAAUCCAACGUCAACGUCAACACCAACGCCAACUCCGAUUCCAAUUCCAAUUCCAAUACCAAUUCCGAUUUGAAUGUCGAGACCAAACCGCAAACGAUACCCGAGCAAGUUCAAAAUGAAAAAUAUGGUUGUUUAACGCCAGCAGAGUUGUUGCAGCGAUUGAGUUGCAACAGUAGCAGCAGCAGCAGCAGCUCCACAGCAGAAACCUCCACCACUACCACUACCACUACCAACACCAACAAUAAUACCAACAACAGAACACCAACCCCACCCGCAACAGCCACAAAAGACUGCGACGAAAAUUCGUCAACAGCAGAAACAGAAGCAGCAGCAACAACAACAACAGAAGCAACAACAACAAGCAGCAUACCAAAAGAAAACGCCUACAGUCCGACUGCGCCGCCAGCUGAAAGCGACGACGUUGACGUUGACGUCGACGUAGACGUUGGUCUUGAGACACCAAAGCCCCGUUAUUACGGCGCUGGCGUUGUCCUAACGCAGGCGCAGCGCAAAGAAUAUCCGCUUGAGCGCAACAACAAGAACAACAAAUCGAGCGACGUUGACGUUGACGUCGACAUCGACUGUAGCAUUAGCAGCGCUAGUAGCGUUAGUAACAGCAGCAGCAGCAACAGCGACGACGACGACGACGACGAUUCUGAUGACGGCUGCAAGCUAAUCGUUGACGAGAAGCCUCUGCUGCCCGUCGACCAGCCGUUGUCGCUGCGCAUCCGCAGCACACCACCCAGUGCCGAUCAGCGACCCAGUCCACCGCCGCCCCGCAUUCCCGCCGUUCGCUGCAGCGUUAUACAGCGUGCACCCCAGCGAGAGGCCCAACAACACCAAGAAGAACACCAACAACAAGAACAGCAACAACAACAGCAACCGCAUCAUCAUCAACAGCAGCAGCAGCGUGAACGGGAACUGUUAUAUCAGUGUGAGCGUGAACUGUUAUACCAGCGUACACUUGACCUUGAGCAGCUGGGACCGGAGCAACAGGAGCCGAUCGAUUAUCACGUGCCGAAGCGAGACAGCGAUAGUGAGCUGAACGCACUGCGACUGCAGCGUGCGCGUCGCGAGAGCGUUAGAGAGGCCCGUCGACGCAGCAGCUAUUUGGCAGCGCGCGUCUUGCAGCUGAAUCCGCGACUUGUGCGCAGUUUGCCUGGCAUUUUGGCAGCGGCUGCCGGACACGGUCGCAGCAGCAGCAGCAACUCUGGUCAGAGUUUUCAAACGAAUAACGGUUUUAGCGGCAGCAGCAGCGGCGGCGGCGGCAGCAGCAGUGGUGGUCAGAACGGCAGCAGCAGCGGAGGUGGCGGCGGCAGUGCUGGUUCACCUGGCAGCGGCAGCGGCAGCGGUGCUGGCAGCUUUGGCAGCGGCGGCGGAGGAGGGGGAGGAGGCAUGGGCGGCGGUCGUGACGGUCGCGGCAAUUACGGACCAAAUUCACCGCCCACCGGCGCCUUGCCACCGUUUUACGAGAGCCUAAAGAGUGGCCAAAGUGCCGACGGCCAGGCGACGACGCCCACUGGAAAUGUGCAACAAUUGUUGCACAGCAAUUCGCACUCACAGUUUCUCAUACAGAACGCCGCAGCCGCUGCAUAUCUAAUGUCGAAUCAGCAGUAUAACAGUUGCAACAAUGGAACGGGCGGCGGAGGAGGAGGAGGUGGCGGAAAUGCUGCUGUUAACAUCGAUGGUAAUAACAUUUUGAACUUUGCCAGUGGUUUGGGCAACUCGAAUUAUAAUGACAUCAAUUCCAAUUCCAAAUUUCAUUGCACAAAUGUGACGCAUCCCUUCUAUGGUGGCAAUCCAUCAGCUUAUGGCAUAAUACUCAAGGAUGAGCCUGAUAUUGAAUAUGAUGAGGCGAAAAUCGAUAUUGGUACAUUUGCCCAGAAUAUCAUACAGGCAACAAUGGGUAACGUUGGUAGCGCUGCCGGCGUUGGCAGCGGCGCCAACAGCAAUGGUUUCUCGGCGAGCGCCUACGAGGAUGCGAUCAUGUCCGAUUUGGCCAACAGUGCGGCCGCGGCGGCGGCAGCAGCAGCGGCCCAGUGUCCAAAUGUGAGUGGAGGUGGCGGCGGCGGAGGAGGGGGUGCGGCCGUCGUUGAUCCCCUGCAAUUUACGGCAACGCUGAUGCUCAGCUCACAGACGGAUCAUUUGCUGGAGCAGCUGUCGGAUGCCGUUGAUCUCAGUUCGUUUCUGCAGCGCAGCUGCGUCGAUGUCAAUGGCGAUGACGAUGACGGUAACUCGACCAACAACAACAGUCCCCAUCAUCGCCACGACUUUGAGCUGGUGUGGACGCCAUUUCUGACGCCCGAUUCGGAUGCGUUGUCGGUGUCGGUGUCGGUGACGCCGCAUGCUGUCCAGUUGGAUGCGUUGCAUGAGAAUCUGCUGACGCAGCUCACCAACAACAUGCAGCGCAACAACAACAACAACGGCAACAAUGGUUAUGGCGCUCCGCAACAUGCUGUUGUUGGUAACAACAAUAUGCAGCAACAUGUCAAUGCACAGCAGCAACAGCAACAGCAGCAACAACAACAUUUGCAACAGCAACAGCCGCCACCAUCGUAUCAGCAUGCCACGCGCAAUUUACUGCAAAUGCAGCAGCAACAUAGCAACAAUAAUGGCAGCAAUAAUAGUAGCAACAACAACAACAACAGUUACCAUCAGCAGCAGCAACAGCUGGCGCAGCAGCAAUUGCUGCAGCAGCAGCAGCAACAACAACAGCAGCAGCAGCAACAUCACUCACAUCACCAGCAGCAGCAACAGCAUGCCUAUCAGCAACAUAAUCUAUAUGCACAACAGCAGCAACAUCAUGCACAGCAGCAGCAGCAACAACAACAACAACAACAGCAGCAGCAGCAGCAACAACAUCAUUUCCAUCAGCAACAGCAGCAGCAGCAACAACAUCCCUCGCAUCACUCACAGCAACAUGCGCAUCAUCAUCAACACCAUCAGCAGCACCAGCAACACCAACAACAACAGCAGCAGCAGCAACAACAGCAACAUCACAAUAGCCACAACGAUAACAGCAAUCUAUCGCUGCCGUCACCAACAACAGCUGCUGCUGCUGCAGCCGCUGCUGUUGCAGCACUACGUCCCAUGUCCAGCAGCAGCAGCAGCAGCUCAAAUCUGCUCGAUGCGAACACGGCAGCUGUUGCUGCUGCCGCACUGCUCGACACAAAGCCGCUCAUUCAAAGCGUAAGUUCCAUACAGAUACUAAAGUCCAUCGAAUGCGUCAGCGAUGAGCCACCAGUUGAGCUGGUGGACGUGGAUCCGCGGAAUCAUCUGGUGCUUAAUAAGAGCACCAGCUGCAGCAACGACAACAACAAUAAUAACAAUCUUAGCAACAAUUGCAACAUCAGCAACACAACAACAUUUCUAAACAGCGAAAAUACCACUAACAUUGUUCGUGGCAGCAACAUUUGCACCAGCAACAUUUGCAACAGCAACAUUUGCACAAGCAAAAUUUGCAUAAGCAACAUUUGCAGCAGCAGCAUAUGCAACAGCAACAUUACUAACAUUAACAGCACAAAUAAUAACACCCACAUUAUUAGUAACAGCAACAUGAAUGUUAACAGCAACAUGAGCAUUAACAGCAACAGCAACGUGAGUAGAAACGUUAGCAGUAAUAGCAAUACCAGUAAGCUGACCGGACGCGCCAAAGCCGUCGCCUAUGGCUCCACAAUGGUCACGUUCGUCUCGACGGUGAAGCACUCGUUCGAGAUGCCCGCCCAGCAACAUGUGCAUCGUACCACAUUGCGCUCCUUGGCCAGUGCAGCGGCUGCAACCGCAGUGGGUCUGUUGCCACCAUCGCCCACCGUUUCGGUGCUCAACGAAAGUAAAAUGCUACAGCGGCGGUUGGGCCUGCCGCCAGAUUUGCAGCUGGAGUUUGUGAAUGGAGGUCAUGGGAUUAAGAAUCCGUUGGCCGUCGAGAAUACGCACGGGGGCCAUCAUCACCACCGCAUACGCAACAUGGAUUGCAUCGAUGAUCUCAAGCAUGGCCACCCGUCGCAGCAGCAGCAGCAGCAGCAUCAGUCGUUGCAACAGCAGUCGUUGCAGCAGCAGUCGUCGCCGCAGCAGCAGCAACAGUCGCAGCUGCAACAGGCUGCUGUUGCCGCACAGCAUCAUUCGCUUAGCCAGCAUUCACUGAACAACAAUACCAAUAGCAACAAUGUCAGCAACAGCAACAAUCGCAGCCACCACAACAACAACAGCAGCAGCAGCGUCAGCAGCAACAGUAGCAACCAUGACGACUCCCUCUGCCCGAACAACAGUGGGGCCGAGGAUGCGAACAACAAGUUCGUCUGUCGCGUCUGCAUGAAGACGUUCUCGCUGCAGCGGCUGCUCAAUCGCCACAUGAAAUGCCACUCGGACAUCAAGCGAUAUUUGUGCACCUUCUGUGGCAAGGGAUUCAACGAUACAUUCGAUCUGAAGCGGCAUACGCGCACCCAUACAGGGGUACGUCCCUAUAAGUGUAACCUGUGCGAGAAGAGCUUCACGCAGCGCUGCUCACUCGAAUCACACUGCCAGAAGGUGCACAGUGUACAGCAUCAGUAUGCGUACAAGGAGCGACGCGCUAAGAUGUACGUUUGCGAGGAAUGCGGUCACACCACCUGUGAGCCGGAGGUCCACUAUUUGCAUCUGAAGGACAAUCAUCCAUUUUCACCGGCGCUGCUGAAGUUUUACGACAAGCGUCACUUCAAGUUCACGAAUUCACAGUUCGCCAACAAUUUGCUCGGCCAGCUGCCGAUGCCGGUGCAUAACUAACUAGAUAUUAAAUUUACAUACAUAACAUAAAUUAAGAUUAAACAUAAGCUAUUACUACUUCUACUAACGGAAAUCGUACCGUAAAUGCAAAUUCAACUUUAAGCUGAAGUUUUAUGAAAACUGCCCCACGAAAAUGGAGAGAUUAAUGUUUUGUAUAUGUAUAAUAACAUAUCAAUAU